CGCCGGGGCAGGAGGCGGUGGCAGGUGCCCCAGCCCGGGACCUUCCGGAGCGCCCGCCCCGCAGCGCUCCCGCCGCUCGGGAGUAGCGGAUCCCUCCCUCCCCGCUCCCAUCCAUCAGUCGGGAGUCGAGGGCUGGCGGCGGCAGGACCCCGUCGUUCCCCUGCUCGCCCCCUCGCCACCGAAGCGAAGGAGAGACCUAAAAGCCGCUGGAGAAGACGAUGGCAACGUGAGCGGGCAGCGGAUCCGCCUGGCCGGAGCCCCGCCGUCCCGCGGCGGAGCGGAGCGCGGAGCGGCGCGGUGUCCCAGCGCUGUUGGCGGCGGUCCCCGAGUGGAGCGGAGCGGCCUCCAUCCCUGCCCCAGCUCUACAUUCUCUACCUGGAGGCUCUUUCUUUUGCUUUUGCUGAUAAAGAUGAGAAAAAAGUGGAUAUUGGAGGAUUUUCAUUUUAUCUUUUUUGGCGUUCUCUGUCUCCUUUUCAUAGAUGGAGGUAAACUAGAACAAGUAAAACAUUCAGAUACAUACUGUGUGUUUCAAGAUAAGAAGUAUCGUGUAGGAGAAAGAUGGCAUCCUUAUCUGGAACCCUAUGGCCUUGUUUACUGCGUUAAUUGUCUUUGCUCAGAGAAUGGAAAUGUACUGUGCAGCAGAAUAAGAUGCCCAAGUCUACACUGUCCUUCCCCUGUGCACGUACCACAGCUGUGCUGCCCACGGUGCCCAGAGGACUCCCUUUUCUCAGUAAGCAGCAAAAUCACUGGGAAAUCCUGUGAAUACAAUGGCACCACCUACCACCAUGGAGAAAUGUUCGUGGCUGAGGGGCUUUUCCAGAACAGGCAAGCAAACCAGUGUGCCCAGUGCAGCUGCUCAGAAGGCAAUGUGUACUGUGGGUUGAAGACUUGUCCCAAAUUAACUUGCUCUUUCCCAGUGUCUGUCCCAGAGUCCUGCUGUCCAGUUUGCAGAGGAGAUGGAGAAUUAUCAUGGGAACAUUCUGAUGGAGACAUCUUCCGGCAGCCAGCCAACAGGGAAGCUAGACACUCAUACCAUCGCUCCCACUACGACCUGUCACCCGGCUCUGCGAGGCAGGUAGUCAAUAUUCCACGAUUUCCCAGUGCCAGGAGUAACCGUGGGGUCCUGCCAGAUCCCCAGCAAGCCUCAGGCACAAUAGUACAAAUCGUCAUCAACAACAAGCACAAGCACGGACGAGUUUGUGUUUCAAAUGGCAAAACAUACUCGCAUGGUGAAUCUUGGCAUCCCAAUCUCCGGGCCUUUGGAAUCGUAGAGUGUGUGUUGUGCACCUGCAACAUCACCAAACAAGAAUGUAAGAAAAUUCACUGUCCAGAACAAUAUCCCUGCAAAUACCCUCAGAAAGUAGAAGGAAAAUGCUGUAAAGUCUGUCCAGAAGAUGUGCCAAGUCAAACCUUUGACAACAAAGAUUACUUCUGUGGGAAAGAGACAUUUCCUGUCUAUGAAUCCGUUUUCACAGAAGAAGGAGAAACCAUCAGGAAAAUUGCAAUAGAGACUGAAAAGCCACCUCAGAUAGAAAUACAUGUGUGGACAAUUAGAAAAGGGAUUCUGCGUCACUUCUACGUUGAAAAAGUGUCCAAAAGAGAAUUUGAAGAACUUCCUUACUUCAAGAUGAUAACAAGGACAACCCUUAGCCAGUGGAAAAUAUUUAGCGAGGGAGAAGCUCAGAUCAGCCAAAUGUGUGAAAGCAGAGUGUGCAGGACUGAGCUCGAGGAUUUGGUAAAGGUUUUGUACCUUGAAAAGUCUGAAAAGGGUCACUGUUGAGGGAGACAGCACUGGAGGGAAAAACAUAAGAAAACUUAUGAAAACUUGGAUCUGCAGCUGGACUGCAGGCUUAUUUUGCUUAAGUCAACAGUUGCCCUAAAAACCAAAACUAUAAUGCAGUAAUUAUUCACAUCAUGCACAGCAAAUUUGCUGCUUUAUGUGUAGUGGUCUGUGCCAACCAUUCAAAUAUCUCCUCCAAAGACUAGGAGGCUCUGUAUUACUGGUGGGGGAAGGAGAAAGAGAGACUGUGCUUUCCCAGAGUUGCAUUUCUUUACAAGUUAAAAAGAGAAAACAGAACAUUAUUAUUAUUAUUAUUAUUAUCAUCAUUAUUAUUUGGCAAGUUUUUCAAACUAAUGAGAAGAAGGACACCUAAUAAAUGUGCAGGAGCUAUGGAGAGCAUUAUUUCCUGUGCUAAAUUUAUACCAUUUCUGGUGUUGAAAUCACUCAUGGAUUUCUCUUAGUAGUGGAGGAAAAAUACAAGUGAUACAAUACUUGUGCUGGAAACAUAAAAAGCAGAUUUAAACCAACAAACUCCUAAGCAGCCUGCCUUUGGGAUGAUGUCUUGUAGUUGAGCAAACAAAGUCCAUAAACUGAGCAGCAGGUGUUAGUGGCAACCACUAUAUUUUUGUAGCAAUUGGAGCAAAUGUUUGCUUUUAAGUGGUUUUCACUGUUUCCUCCACCCACUUCUCUAAAAAUGUGAAGUGUUAGCUCCCUAUCACAGCCCUAAUAACUUCAUUCUUCUGGUCCCUAUUAACACAUAGGGCCUGAUAAACCACCUUCUAAAGUGACAGGGCAGAAGGCAGUAAAGUAUUUGCAGUGUUUUCAAAACACCUAGAGCGUUAAACUCACAAUUAAUAACUCCUCCAAAAUUGUGACAGGGAUUAAUUUAUUUGUUCUGAUUUGUUACAAACCUAAUCUUCUGCAUUUUUCUGAGAAUGACCUCUCACUUCUCACGCUUCAAGGACAUCCCUCUCCUUGACAAACAGCAAACAGAUACAGCAGGCCUUUAGAGCACAACAGCUCUGUGACAACUGUUGUGAAGAAAAACAAAUCUGAGAGAGUCUGUUAAAUUUAGUGCAGCAUGUCUACAGCCUGUCUACUUAUUCUGCAGAAUAAGUGCAAGUAUAACUUUAAAAACUGUUUUCUCUGAAGAGUCACCAAAAUCCUGCACUGCACCAUGGCUUGGGAUUGAAUCCCAAGAUGUGAGGGGCUCUGCCUGCUUUUGCUCCCAUUUUCUACUCCACAAGCAGAUGGGAAUACUGCUGUUCAAACACACGCUAGGAAACAAAGCUUUAUGGAAUGGCCUGAGCCAAGGGCUGGGGCUUCACAGGGAGUAAAAUCAACAGCGAGAGCAAAGAUUUUGAGGUUUGUUAUUCUGCCAGUGACAGCACUCCAGGGUGUCCCCAUUCCUAAAGGGAUGAAGGUGUGGCAGGCGUUGGUACUGGAUGCCAAAGGCCUGUUCAGGCAGAGCUUCGCCAUCCUGAGGGAUCCUUGGCUCGAGCAGCAGGCCCUGGCAGCCCCAUCAGCCCCACAGGCCUCAGGACCAGGCUCCUCCAGGGCACCAGGUCCUGCCCGUGCCGCCCCAGCCUCGGGAGCAGUGGGAUACAGGGCUUCUCGAGCAAGAGGAGCAGAUGAGGAGAACAGACAGGAAGGCGAACGAAAGGCUGAAGGGAGUUUGGAGAAUACACACAGGGUGAGCUCAGGAGCUGUCCCUAGGCCUGGACGGAGAGCAGGCACAACCUGGGAACACCGGCCAUUUGGAAGUACAGCAAGUUGAAAUGCAGGAACACCUGGCCAGGAGAAGUCCUCUAUCACUGUUCAUUAAAAGGAGAGCUAAGUGGACUGUCCCACCCCCUUUCCACAGGGACUGUAGCUUUCCUAAGUCCUGUCCUGGUGUUGGACAGGGGUGUAGCAUAUCCAAACCAAGGUCCUAAGACCUCACUGCACCAGAGGUUACUGCAGUGUAACUGUAGAAGCAGCAGUCUGGCAUCAGCAGCACUCAUUGCAGUGGCAUCUACUGGGUUGAAAUGUGCUGCAGAAGUGUAAAAAUUUAUUAUAAAUCUUUAGGAAGAGGUUCUGAGGAACUGUAGCGUCUGGUGAGAAAACCAGCAGUUGAUUUCUCACCCAACAGGCAUUGUCUGUUUGUAGCAGUAGCUGGUGAAAAAAGACUAAGUGGGAAGUGUACAGUGUUUGUAAUUUUUUUUUAUGAAGAAGGCAACCUGCUUUUUGUAUUUGUGACAGGACAGGUGGAAUCCAGAUUGUAUAUUUAUUUUAUAAUAAACACUUUUUAAGAAAAGCAAAAAACAACCAUAAGCAUAAUUUAGUAAAAUGUAGUGGUGCGUUUUUCCAGUUUCUGGUCACUUAAGACAACAAAAUACACAGUGCCAUGUUCGUCAUUCUCUUCAUGAGAUGUCUGUCUGUUACGGUACUUAUUUAUGUACUUGUAUCACUUUGACCUGGUUUGAUAAAUUAAUAAACCCUGACAUUGAUAAUAAAACAA